CUCCAUGACAGGAUAUAAAAGUGCUCCUGCCUGGCGGCCCUGGAGCUGCCUCUGCUGACUCGCUCUCCUCGCUGACUGGGUCGGAUUGGGAACGAUGUCUUCCUAUGGCCAAAUGCUCAGUGCCCGCAGCGCUUCGCCCUGCGAGGUGACGUGUGCCCAGCCCUACGUCGAUGCCUGCAGCGAGCCCUGCGUUGCUGCCUGUGGAGACUCCCGAGCCAUCGUCUACGCCCCACCCGUGGUCGUGACAUUCCCGGGGCCCAUCAUCAGCUCCUGCCCCACGGAGAGCAUCGUUGGGUCGUCCAUCCCUGAAAUCAGCGGGGGAAUGGGCUCUGGAGGGGGUGGGAUGGGGUCUGGAGGUGGUGGGAUGGGGUCUGGAGGCGGGAUGGGGUCUGGAGGCGGGAUGGGGUCUGGAGGAGGUGGGAUGGGAUCGGGAUGGGGAUCUGGAGGGGGAGGAAUGGGCUCGUCCUGCGGGGGAGGCGGCUCCCACGGGAUGGGCUCGGGCGGCUCCUGUGAGGGAAUGGGAGGGGGCUCCUCCUGUGGGGGUGGGAUGUCACGGCUGGGGAGUCUCUACCGCGGCUAUUUCUCAGGCUACGGUAGGAAUUAUUAUCCCUAUAAUUCCCGAGGGUACUACAGGUAUCGCUACGGGAACUACGGGCCUUUUUAACCCUUUAACACCGAGGGAUGUCCAAAGGAAAAAUAGGAUGCAAAGUAGUAGUUGACAGCUAGGAAUUCCAAGCGGUCUCUGCUCCAGCUGAUGCGGUUGGAGCCGGGGUUGUUUGGAUCUCGCUGUGCUUUAUCCAAGGCUUAGGAUCCCGAUGUUCCCUCCCUUUGUCCCUCGCUCUUGUUGUGUUUUGUACUCCCUGAACCUGAAAAGUCAAACCAGUCAUGGACUUGGCUGUGGAAAUGUCCGGGUGGAUAAAGAAUGUUCUGGAAUGACUGCUGGACUGGAGUCCAGGCUGAACUGGGAAUGCUGAACUGGGAAUGCUGAAAUGGGAAUUCUGACAUGGAGAUUCCAUUCUUUGUCUCUGCACUGCCUCAUCCCACUUUUUGUUUGUAUUAAAGCCCUGUUGCAUCACA